AUGGGACGCCGGCCAGCCAGGUGCUACCGGCAGAUCAAGAACAAGCCGUACCCGAAGUCACGGUACUGCCGUGGUGUGCCUGACCCGAAGAUUCGUAUCUAUGAUGUGGGAGCAAAGAGGGCGCCAGUAGACCAGUAUCCUUUCUGCGUCCACUUGGUCAGUUGGGAGAAGGAGAACAUCACCAGCGAGGCUCUGGAGGCGGCGCGCAUUGCAGCCAACAAGUACAUGACGAAGAACGCUGGAAAGGACACCUUCCAUCUGCGCGUGCGCGUGCACCCCUUCCACGUGCUGCGCAUCAACAAGAUGCUUUCCUGCGCCGGCGCUGAUAGGCUGCAGACUGGAAUGCGCGGAGCCUUUGGCAAGCCGCAGGGCGUGUGCGCGCGUGUGGCGAUCGGCCAGAUCCUGCUGUCCAUCCGCUGCAAGGACGUGCACAACCCGCAGAGCCAGGAGGCCCUCCGCCGCGCCAAGUUCAAGUUCCCUGGCCGCCAGAAGAUCGUGGUCUCCCGUAACUGGGGCUUUACAUCGUUCACUCGUGACGACUACCUGACCUGGAAGAAGGAGGGCCGCAUGAUCAACGAUGGUGUCAACGCCAAGCUCUUGGGCACCCACGGGCCGGUCGCUGCGCGCCCCAUCGAGCAGGUCUUUGAGAAGCCCUGCCGCCAGCACCAGAUCCCCAUCCACGCCGAGUAG